AAGGUCAAAGGUGACUGGAACGGAAUGAUCGGUGAACUGAUAAGAAAAGAAGCAGAUAUUGGAGGUAGUCCCUUAUUUUUCACUGAAGAUAGAGUCGAUGUUAUUGAGUACAUUGCAAUGACCACACCAACAAAAUCAUAUUUUGUUUUUCGAGAACCCAAGUUAUCAUACGUUACAAACGUUUUUACUUUACCAUUUGAUAGAGAUGUUUGGUUAUCCACCAUUGCCCUGAUGAUUAUAACAGGAUUCUUCUUGUAUUAUAUAUUGCACUGGGAAGUUAAAAAAGAAAAAUAUGUACCUGAAAUAGGUUCAUCAGAUAAUCUGGCACAGAAAGCUACAAUACUUGAUGUUGCGCUGAUAUCUUUCGGAGCACUGUGCCAGCAAGCUUCCCAUUCAGUUCCAUCUAGUUUACCAGGAAGAAUUACAACAUUUCUAUUAUUUAUUUCGUUAAUGUUCCUUUACACGUCUUACGCAGCCAACAUUGUUGCUUUACUGCAAUCAUCAUCAUCCAGUAUUCAAACUUUAGCAGAUUUACUAAAUUCGAGGCUUGAAGUCGGCGUCGAUGAUACUGUUUUUAACAAAUAUUAUUUUCCAAAUUCGAAGGAACCUAUUCGACGAGCACUCUAUCAACGAAAGGUAGCUCCUCCUGGUAAAAAACCUCAUUUUCUACCAUUGCUGGAAGGAGUUAAAAGGAUAAGAGAAGGGUUAUUCGCUUUUCAUUUUGAAAGUGGUGUUGGGUACAAAGUAAUAGGAGAAAUAUUUCAUGAAGAUGAAAAAUGCGGAUUACAGCGAAUUUCGUUUUUGGAAGUAAUCGAUCCGUGGUUGGCCAUUCAAAAACAUUCUCCGUAUAAAAAGUUAUUAAAAAUUGGCUUAGAGAAAAUUCGUGAAUCGGGUAUUCAAAACAGAGAAGUCGGAUUGAUUUAUACGAAAAAACCGGAAUGUGUUUCGAGAGGAUCAAGUUUUAUUAGCGUUGGCAUUGUGGAUUGUUACCCAGCUGCCGUUGUGUUGGUAGUGGGUAUUAUUGCUUCAAUUUUUAUUUGGAUUAUUGAAGUUAUUAUAAGUGAGGGGUAA